GUGCCCCUCUCGCGUCCUUCACCUUCUCGCCACGACACCCAACACGUCCAGUGCGCAGUGCGCCUCUUCUUCCCAUCCUUCCGUUCACGAAGCUCCAUUUCCAUCAAUCAUCACUCGCUUCCCUUCCGUUUUCCCAGUCCCAUGUCCUACCCAGUCAAGUCUGUCCCCCUCGUUGCGCCAGGGCAUACCCGGCCCGUCACUCACCUAUCAUUCUCCGUCUUGGAAGACGACGGCACGUAUCUGCUUGCCUCGAGCUGUAAAGAUGGCAAUCCUAUGAUAAGAGAUUGGAAGGGUGACUGGAUUGGCACGUUCAUCGGGCAUAAGGGUGCUGUCUGGUCCACAAAAUUGUCACUGGACUGUUCAAGAGCAGCUACUGGCAGUGCUGACUUUACCGCUAAAAUAUGGGAUGCAUAUUCCGGCAACGCAUUGCAUUCUUUUCCUCACAAUCAUAUUGUCCGCAGUGUAGCACUUUCACCAUCAGCAGAGAAUCUCUUAACCGGCGGUCAGGAGAAGAAAGCUCGAAUCUUUGACUUGCAACGACCAGAUGCUGCACCAGAUUUCUUAGGAGGUGACGCGAACGCGCCCUGUCAUGAUGGGACAAUAAAAAGUGUGGUAUGGACAGGCGAAAACAUCGGUGUAACGGCUGGCGAGGAUGGUUUCAUAAAAUGGUGGGAUUUCCGGACCCGGCAAACUAUCACUAGUGUCAAGUUCCAGGAUCCUAUUACCUCAAUGGAGCAUUCUGUCCAAACGCAACGCAUUGUACUGACAUCAGGAAGGACGGUAGCAUUUAUCCCUGCCCUUCCUGCACAGGCAACAACGCACAGUCUUGAAUUGCCGUAUUCACCUUCGUCUGCAUCACUGCAUCCAAUAUUGCAAGAUCGAUUUGUAACCGGGAAUCUAGGUGACCAAUGGGUACGUAUCCAUGGAGCAGUGGAUGGCGAGGAGCGAGAAAUCUUAAAGGGCCAUCAUGGUCCUGUGCACUGUAUCGAGUAUAGCCCGGAUGGAGAGAUGUUUGCUAGUGGUAGCGAGGAUGGUACUAUUCGGUUGUGGCAAACGACACCGGGCAAGACGUAUGGCUUAUGGCAGGGCACAACUAACGGAAACGGAACACUGCACUAAUAUGAAUUACUAAUUUCUAAUGACUUGUUCACGCAUUGUUACAUGUAAUGGUGUCGGGGCCGACUUGCUAAGUGGGACGGGGACGGGUAUGAGGUGUGGUGUGCAGUGUUUGAUUGAUAUCUGGAGAGGGUUGUGGGAAGUAUGGUGCAUAUAUGUGUACUAUAUUCUGUGACGGUCACUGUUUUGCUGGCUAGAAAAAAUGGUGGAUUUAUGAGCAUUAA